UCCCUCGUAGGUUUUCUUAAAAUAAGGCAGUGUCAUGGAUGCAAUCUACGCAGUUCUUUCGUCAGAAUAUCGCGGAACAUUGUAGCCAUCGGAGUCAACGUAUUUACUCGAGCCUUUGGGCUUCAAGCCCAGGCUCUAAAAGAAAACACAAACAUGUCAGCUAGACUUGUGCUGUCAAAGGCUUGGAAACACGGGAAGCAAGUGGUUCAAAAUGUUCUUCGUAAGAAAAUCGCAAAGCCUCCAGUUGCCGACAAAUCAAAGCCUGCUUACGUCCGCACAGAAGUUUCUAUCCAGCCAAAACAGCUGUUGAUAGGACGACUAUUUCCACUUGUUCCAACUCGUACACUAGCAAGUGAGCUGCGUAGAAGAGCGGCUACUCGUUUUGCGCUGCCAAAUCGACCAACACUUCUACCCACUUUCGCUUUCGCCUUUGCUGGAUUUGCUCUCCAAGGUCAACAGCGAGAGACAGAGAAAGAUGAUCUGUCAUCAGAAGUUCGAGCUAUUUUCUGUAAGCACAAGCAGAAAGGAUCUUUUCUGGACCAGGUACAACAGUUAUCACUGGAUAUUUUUGAUGUGGGAAGUCAAAUAGGUCAGGGCUGUAAUGCUGCUGUGUACAAAGCCAGGUUCAAAUCCCCGGAAUUUGAAGAAUUUGUACAGCCAAUCUACCCUGCAGAUGAUGAGGUCAAUGAUGUUGAUGACUCCAGCAGCAUUAUCUCCCUUGACACAGACAGUGAUAUUGUUAUCCUCGGUGAUGACGAUGAACUCUCUGACGACAUUGAUGAUGACCUUGUCAUUCUUCCACAAGAAAAUGACCUUGACAGUGAUGCCAUCGCAGAUGACCGCAGGAAUAACAAUGAUGAUGAUGAUGAUGAUAUUGUUAUCCUUGGUGAUCUCUCUGACCAUGACAAUGACUCACCCAGUGAUUCUACAGUAGGUUCAGAGAGACAAGGGGAGACAACUCUGCCAGAUUCUGAAGCUAGCCAGCUGGGACAACAGGAGGACUAUAACCUGGCUAUAAAAAUGAUGUAUAACUAUGACAUUGAGUCAAACACUGAUGCCAUCAUGCGUGCCAUGCUGAAGGAAGCUGUCCCAGCUAGGAUGUUGACUGUCAAUCAGGAUGAUAACCUGCUCUGGCAAAAUAGGAAUCGAGUACGUCUGAAAUCCUUACCAGUUCACUCCAAUAUUGUGGAGAUGUUGGGCGUGUUUGUCGACCCUUUACCUGACCUGCCUGGUGCAUUGGAUAACUACCCGGCCGCUCUCCCAAAAAGACUUAACCCUCAAGGCCUCGGUCGUAACCAGACCAUGUUCAUUGUGAUGAAAAAGUAUGAUCAGACUCUGAGACAGUUUUUAGAGCUGGAGGAGUUAUCUGCCCAUACCAGGUGUCUUCUCCUCUGCCAGCUGCUAGAGGGCACUGUCCAUCUGAGACAACAUGGCAUCGCACACAGGGAUCUGAAGAGUGAUAAUAUUUUACUGGACUGUAACAAUGACACCACCCCCCACCUUGUGAUCAGUGACUUCGGAUGCUGUUUAGCCGAUAGUGAGAACGGAUUACAUCUUCCGUACCCUACUGAUGAAAUUAACAAAGGCGGAAACGGAGCCUUGAUGCCACCGGAG